GUUAAUGUUUUUUUUUGGAUGAAUUUCUGUCUGAAUUUUCAGAAAUUCAUCUGUUUGGAUUUCGAGGAGGAAGUGAAUAAUCUUGCUGUACUAUCAACAGAACAGGUUAUACACUCAUCCGUUUUCUGGAUGGAUAGAAUUUAUUUGAAUUUCUAAAGGUUAGGUUUUUGUAAUUAAUGAUCAUUGUGUAUAGAAAACUCAUUUUGAUUUUAAUUUAGAUUUUGAUAUGAGAAUGAAAAUUUUGGAGAUGGAUAAAUAUUUUAGAUAAAUUAGAGAAAAUGUCGUCGUCAAAUACAAGCUCGAUGAAUAUCUCAUCGAGCAAUGUAUCUCCUCCUCCUCCUCCACCAUCGAGUAGCGAUGAUAAUCCAGAAAAUUUAAUACCUUCGCCAUCUGUAAUCUUCCGACCUGAAUUGGAAUCUGCAAGCGCUCCUGAAGUCUCAAACCCACAAUCACCACCACCACCAAGUUCUCCGCCUCCUUCUCCUCCGCCAAGUUCUCCUCCGCCAAGUUCUCCCCCACCAAGUUCUCCACCACCCAAUUCUCCACCACCUUCCUCACCACCUCCAAAUUCUCCACCACCAGCUCCGGUAACUUCACCAUCUCCGCCACCCCCACAGACAGAUUCUCCGCCUGUUACUCCAUCUCCUUCUCCUCCUCCCCCGUUUCCUUCUCCUCCUCCUCCUCCUCCAGUUGUUCCGGACCCAUGGAGUCAAAGUGCAAAUUCUGUUAGCCCUUCGCCAACGCCAACAACCAUCACGUUUGUAUUACCUCCACCAUCUCCAGGAAUCUCCGGAUUGUCAACUCCUCCAAUACAAUUUCCCCCGCCCACCAUUAACCCAUUAACUCCAUUGCCUAGAUCACAAACAGGACCUACUUCCCCCCCAGGUUGGUCCGCACCACCUGCAGUACCAUCUACCCCUACCCCAUAUUCUGCCCGUAAUCUAACUCCUCCUCACUCCACAUCCAAUCCUUCACCGAAAUCAGGGAACAACCGUGGAGUUGUUAUCGGAGCUGCUGCCGCAGUAAUGGGAGUAGUAGUUCUUGCCAUGGUUGCUUUCUUUUUCUUUAUGGUGAAAAAGAAGAGGAAGAGGGGAGGACCCGGACUUGGUGUGCAUUAUGGACCUACCCCUGGUAAUGUCAUUGUCCAACCAGAUGGGUACUUCUAUGUCCAACAACCGCAAAACCUGUUAGUAGGUCGAUCAGAUGGAUUGUACAAUGGAAGGCCACCACUGUCUCCCACAGUUGAAUAUCACAAUGGAAGUAGUGGACCUGAUUCAGGUGUAAUAGGACUUAUAUCAUGCUUUAGCUAUGAAGAUUUGAUGGAGAUAACAAAUGGGUUCUCUAAGCAAAAUAUUCUUGGACAAGGUGGAUUCGGGUGUGUAUACAAGGGUAGGCUUCUAGAUGGAAGAGCAGUUGCAGUAAAACAGCUCAAGACAGGCAGCAGCCAGGGGGAACGGGAGUUUAGAGCUGAAGUAGAGAUCAUUAGUCGUGUGCACCACAGGCAUCUAGUCUCUUUGGUUGGAUAUUGCAUCGCUGAAAAUCAGCGAUUGCUUGUGUACGAAUUCCUACCUAAUAACAAUCUUGAUCAUCAUUUGCACGGUAAAGGAAUGCCUGUGAUGGAAUGGCCAAAAAGAAUUAAAAUUGCUCUUGGUGCUGCUCGUGGAUUGGCAUAUCUACAUGAUGAUUGUAACCCAAAGAUAAUUCAUAGGGAUAUCAAGUCUGCAAACAUUUUAUUAGAUGAUACUUUUGAAGCACAGGUUUCAGACUUUGGACUUGCCAAACUAGCAAGUGAUUACAAUACUCAUGUAUCAACUCGUGUGGUGGGGACGGUUGGGUAUAUGGCACCAGAGUACGCAUCCAGCGGAAAACUGACUGAUAGGUCGGAUGUGUAUUCAUUCGGAGUAGUGCUUCUCGAGCUUGUGACAGGGCGUAAAGCCAUCGAUCCAACUCAGCCUUUAGGUGAUGAGAGUUUAGUUGAAUGGGCUCGACCACUUCUCAUUCAUGCUCUUGACACUGGAAAUUUUGCCGCAUUAAUAGAUCCAAAACUUGAAAGCAGAUAUGUAGAGACUGACAUGUUACGGAUGAUUGAGGCAGCUGCUGCUUGUGUUCGUCAUGCAGCCCCUAGACGGCCUCGUAUGGUGCAGGUUUUACGAGCAUUGGAUAGUGAAUGCGACGGGUUAAUAGAUCUUAACAAUGGUUUAAAGCUUGGCCAAAGUACUGCAUAUGACUCUGCUGAGUACAGUGUCGAAAUUAAGCGAUUUCGGAGGAUGGCUUUCGGCAGUUGGGAGAGCUCUGAUUAUGAUAUAUUAGGUGUGGAUGGGCAGAGUUCUAAUGGUGUUACCGUUGAGCUCGAGGAAUCUGGUUCCGUCGAGUUCCCAAGCAGCAGUGAUUCGGAAAGUCAUCUGAUGAAGUCACCGCAUUCGAAGCAACGAAACCGUUUGAAACCAAGAGAUCUUGAGGAGGGUAUUGCACAAAGACAUGCACAUUAGAGCUGCCCAUCUACUGAUACUUCUGGUGGUUUGGGUUUACAUGGAAAAUUUCUGUGACGGGAACUGCAUGAUAGUGACCUUGAGAUAGGGAAUAAUUUGAAGAAUACUAACUAAUCGUUGGGUCGACUUGAUCUACUAGACAUAAUCUGUAAACUCGCUGCCUAACAAGUCCAUUUUGCACAUCUGCGUGUACAUCGUUUGUCUGUCAAAUUUUUAUUUGGCAUCGGUGAACACACGAAAUCAAUGCUACCAACUUUUAUGUAUUACGUAGAUUUUUCUCAUAUGGUCUUGUUAAAAGAAGAAAGAAAAAAAAAGCAUUAGAAGAGACUAAUAUACAUACAAUGAAUCAAAGAUGUAUACAUAAAAUGGAAGAAGAGGAUAUUCCAUCCACUGUAGUAAUAGUAUUUUUUUUCUUUUUGAAGAUAAAGAUAACUUUUUUUUUUUAAGGAAGACAUAAUUUUGACAGUGUCGUGGAAAUGUUACUGCAUUCCUAUCAUCUAGUAUAACGUUUGAAAGGAAAGAAGGGUACAUUAUAUCAUUUUUUUUAUGUUGAAGUCAUUGGGUUCCUCUAUUGGUGUUCGACUGCCUCGUUUGCUAGUUUGUCUUCCGUCUGAUUUGCUUCUUGGUAAGCAUGUCCUGUUCUUGGGUGGGGGAAUUGGAGCAUUAGCAUUUUGAUUUCCUGUACCAUGUUUCUAAAGUAUCAAGGAGUGGUGUGUUGUUGAUGUGUUAGAAGUUCAGGGUUCAGGGUGUGUUGUACGAGUGCUUGUGAAUCCUCUUGGAACCAGACCUUUGUCCAUUGUUGUUGUAGUAGUUCUAAUCUCGUUGCCAAUAAAAAAAAACAAUGUUUCUGCA